GCCAGUGCGCUUCGUUCGUUCAUUCACUCAGUCCGUCUCCGCGAGCCGUGGUGAGUGCACGUGCGUUCGACAGGAUUGUGUACGAAACGCCGAUAUUAUUAUUGCAAACAUUCGCUCAGCUGAUCAGUGAACAAUAUAACCCUAUUCGGUUACAAAUCCAACCCAAUACUCGUUUGUGGCGAUCUUGUGCUCGCGUGUGUUGACCAAAACCGGCCGACUAUCGAAAAUAUCUCCAGUCGAAUGUAAAAAUAUAGCGUCACAAGAAACGUUCCGCGUGUGACUGAUCGAUAUUUUAAAUGAUAACAUGGAUUCAAUUAGGUGUUGUUUAAGAAGACGGUGAGAUACAGUGCCAAGUUUGUUUUGUGGUGUGGAUUCGCUGGUUGCUUCCGACGAUGCGGCAAGCGUAGCCAGCAAGAUGUGGGUGUGGGCGCUGCUGGUGGUGGCGGUGGCGGGCGCGCGCGCCGCUCAGCCUCGCUGCGAGGAAAUCACCAUCCCCAUGUGUCGCGGCAUCGGCUACAACAUGACCUCCUUCCCCAACGCGCUCGACCACGACACGCAGGACGAGGCCGGCCUUGAGGUGCACCAGUACUGGCCGCUCGUGGAGAUCAAGUGCUCGGCCGACCUGAAGUUCUUCCUGUGCUCCGUGUACACGCCCAUCUGCAUCGAGGAGUACGAGAAGCCUUUGCCGGCGUGCCGCAGCGUGUGCGAGCGCGCGCGCGAGGGCUGCGCGCCGCUCAUGCGCAAGUACGGCUUCCAGUGGCCCGAGCGCAUGGCCUGCGAGCGCCUGCCCAAGAUGGGCGACGCCGAGCACCUGUGCAUGGAGGAGCCCGACCGCGAGCCCGAGCCCGAGCCGCCCAAGCCGCCGCGCCGGCCGCACGCGCGCUGCAAGGAUCCAAAAAACUGCCCCAGCGGCGCCGGCACCGCGGCCGCGGACGCCGCCUGCGCCUGCGCCUGCCGGCCGCCGCUGCAGCCGCUGGGCGCGCGCGCCAACCGCAGCGCCGCCGGCCUGCCCGCCUGCGCGCUGCCGUGCCGCGGCGCCUUCUACUCGCGCGAGGAGAAGCACUUCGCCGCCGUGUGGGUCGCGCUGUGGAGCGGCCUGUGCGCCGCCUCCACGCUCAUGACGCUCACCACGUUCCUGAUCGACUCGCAGCGCUUCAAGUACCCCGAGCGGCCCAUCGUGUACCUGUCCGCGUGCUACUUCAUGGUGGCGCUGGGCUACCUGGCGCGCCUGGCGCUCGGCCACGACGAGGUGGCGUGUGACGGCGCGCUGCUCAAGACGUCGGCCAGCGGGCCCAGCGCCUGCACGCUCGUGUUCAUCCUGGUGUACUUCUUCGGCAUGGCGUCGUCCAUCUGGUGGGUGGUGCUGUCGUUCGCGUGGUUCCUGGCCGCCGGGCUCAAGUGGGGCAACGAGGCGAUCGCGGGCCACGCGCAGUACUACCACCUGGCCGCGUGGCUCGUGCCGGCCGCCAAGACCGUGGCCGUGCUGCUGGCGGGCGCCGUGGACGGCGACCCGGUGGCCGGCAUCUGCUACGUCGGCAACUCGUCGCCCGAGAACCUCAAGCGCUACGUGCUCGCGCCGCUCAUCGUGUACUUCGCGCUCGGGGCCACGUUCCUGCUGGCCGGGUUCGUGUCGCUGUUCCGCAUCCGCUCCGUGAUCAAGCGGCAGGGCGGCAUCGGCGCCGGCUCCAAGGCGGACAAGCUCGAGAAGCUGAUGAUCCGCAUCGGCGUGUUCAGCGUGCUGUACGCGGUGCCGGCGGGGGUGGUGAUCGGCUGCCUGGCGUACGAGGCGGGCGGCCACGAGGACUGGCUGCGGCGCGUGGCGUGCGGGCCGGAGUGCGGCGGGCGGCCGCUGUACUCGGCGCUGAUGCUGAAGUACUUCAUGGCGCUGGCGGUGGGCAUCACGUCGGGCGUGUGGAUCUGGUCGGGCAAGACGCUGGAGUCGUGGCGGCGCGUGUGGCGGGGCGCGCGGCCGCCGCCGCCGCACCACCGCGCGCUCGUGAAGGGCGCCGUGUGACGCGCGGACGCGGCGCCGCCCGCGCCGCCCGCCCUGCCCGCGCCCGCCGCGCCGCUGCCGCCGCCCGCGCCCUCCGCGCCCUCGGCCCGCUCGACCCAGCCGCUGUCGGACUACGGGCCCGUCUAGUUCGCCCGCGCCGAGGAAGUGCCGCGACGCAGCCCCGCGAGAGAAACUCGGUCGAUUGGCGUAGCUCGUUAACAUUUUUGCACCCGUCGAACCUGAUUUUUGUUUUGUUGACUGAAACCAUACGCUCGCUCGGCUACAAACGGAAUCUUUUUAGAAUUACCGACGUUCUUAGUUACGCCAAUUGUAGUUAAGUCGAUGGUGACGCCGAUAGUCGCCAGAAUUUGUGCCAUUCGGUUCGGAAACUGUACGAGUGUGACGUGAACCGCCGCCGGUGAGGACGGACGAUAUUAUGAUUAGUGAAGUGCGCCCGCGCUCUAGUCCCGAUCAGCGCGCGGCGACGAGGCCCCUCGAGGGCAGGCCGCCGGUCAGGAGGCCAAGGAUAUACGUAAAUAGUUAUAAGUGCGAGUGAGAUAGCGGUAUAGACCGCAAAAUAAUUUUGUGAGAUCUUGCGGUCACGAACGAAGCGAUAAUACGAUUUACUAAACUUAUAUGUAUUUAUAAUUUCCGAGAAAUUCGGAAAAAAAUGUAAAGCUAUCGGGAUAAAAUCAAAGAUUGUAGCCGAUGCCUUAAAAACGCUAAGUUCGUGGCCGAACCGUCAGUGCUUGAUCACAGGAUGUAGCCGGUGCAGUAUGCUACCAAUUUAACAAUAUGUUAAUUUUGUUUCCUCUCUGCUGCAGCCUGUGACCACCCACAUGUAUUCUCUUGUAUAUUAUUAACCCUGAAUUCGUUGUCGUCUAUUAAAAUUGUACUAAAAGACGACGAAUUCACUAAAACUUCGUACUAGUGAAACAUUUUAAUGCUAGAUUUCUUCAUAGAACUACUGUAUAUGAUAGCAAUAAAAAGAUUUACUGGUACGUUUAAGCUCAUACCACAUAAUUCAAUAACAACUGAAUUAGAUUGUAUUAUAUGGACUUAUCAGAUGCAAAUGUGACUAACAACAUUUUAUGAUGAUUAUAACAACACCCACAAAAUUGAUUUAAAAAAUAAUAUGUAUAUACCCCCAAUAACAUAAAAAUGUAACAUUAUUUCUGAUAAGUCUGUAUAAAUAUUAAUAUAAAUAAAAUAGUUUAAUUGCCAGUGAAGUUUGGACACUGAACAUACGAUUUUGACACUGUGAUUCGUUUGACCUGUAUAUCGAUUACUUUAAGAAGCUGUACAUAGCCAUCUGUUAUUAUAGUACAAGUCUCGUAAUGUUUCUUAUUAUAUAGAACCGCCUGGCGAACAGACACGACUGGCGUCUCAGUAUCUCAGAACACAAACAUUUGACACACUGCUGUGAAUAACGGCUUUGCGUUUUGCAUGUUAUCCUUCCAGACCUUGAAGGCAAGCAAAGCAAGGAUCUUAACCCAUGUUUAAUUUUAUUAAAUAAUACAAAAAAUAACAUAGGUGCAAGUCAUAUUCGCAAUAGUGCGUUAGAUGUUUGGUUCCCCAGUCCUAAGCCAUCUACAAUAAGCAUAGAACUAAAGUUUUCUCAAAUUAUUGCGAAGAACUUCGAUUUAGAUAAUUAUUCACAUACGUAACAGUAAAAUAUUAUGAAGAUGCUAAAACUCACUUUGUUACAGUCAAUUUUGUAUUUAUCUUGCAUAGUAGUUUACUGUUAGUAUUGAUACCUACACAAUGUACAGAACGCCAAUAAAACAAAAGUAAUAAUGUACAAAAAUUCAAAUAUACUUAUGAUAAUGCCUGCCAGUUGUAUCACUGCCAAUUUUACAUAAUGUUAAGGCAUUUUCUAAAUGAUAUUAUAUGUGUGUAUCGCCGGAAAAUAUUUAAGUACGAGAGUAAAAUGGAUCUCAACAAACUAGGACUUAUUGUUCUGAGGUCUUAAGCUGAGCACACAGGGAGCAAGUCGAAUGCGAAGCUAUAUCGAGCCAAGACUAAUUUACGAGCAUGCUGACUCAAACAAAGUUUAAUAAUAGUGUUACACACAAGUUGAAAUCUUAUACUCCCCCUUCGAAGACACUUGUCCUAUGCGGGGCGCUAUCAUUUUAAAUAUAGGAUAAAAAACUAUACAUGGUAUUCUUCGCUCGCUGUAGCUUGGCCCUCGGUUCGCUUUCUGUGUGACAAGAAAUUAUAGCGUACACUAUGAAUAUAGGAUAUGAGUUUCUGAUAAAAUAUUUAAAGUUAUUUUAUAUCUUUUGUCAAUAUUACUUGUAAAAAUGUCGUCGGCUUUGUAGAUUGUGAAUACUGUUUACUGUCACUUAUUUGGACCGGACUGAUGAUAAUAAAAUUAUUAAUAAUGCAUGUUUCGCUCAAACGUUUGACAAAAUCUAGUAACUAGUGACCAUGUACGUGCAAUUGUAUGUAAUAUUGUAAAUUCCUAUUUUAUUUAUGAGGAGACGAGAAGUGUAAAUGGCGCGCGACGCACCGGAACUGGAGAUCAUUAUGUAAUUUAUUUUAUAUCUAACUGUAGAUAACAAAUAAAACGACUUUUUUAUGUACAAA